UCGCUUUGGGUUGGAAUCUGUAAACCCACUUCUCUUCGCCUUCCACAUCAACAUCAACAAUGGCCAGAGAGCAUUACAAUAACUAUUCUUCUCACUCUUCGCUCAGAUCCCUGCCACUCUCCUCCUUACUUUACUCUCUCUUUCUCUCUGCAUUCCCAGCCACUGUCGUCUCCCUUUGAUCACAGGUUUCACGUUUUCCCUGGUAAAUGAGGUGUGCUAAUUCGAUGUUUGUUGCAACGUAUAAGGCGAGGCAUCAGGGCAACUGGUGAUGGAGUUUUUUCUAGAUACAUGAGCAUACGGCCAUUAUGCCUUUAUAAAAAAUUGGCCGUGCAUGGCAGUUUGCACACUAGAAUCUCAGUAUGCCAGGAUCACGUCAAAGGCCAUACUUAAAGCCAUCUAUAUACAUAAUUAUAUUGGUUUCGUUGGUCAGCAUAUUUCUAGUUGGCGUUUAUGUUUAUCCACCUAGAACCUCUCUGCUUUGUUAUAUCUUUUCUAGUGGUUGUAUCAAUGGUGCAUUUGAACAGCACCUGCCAGUUGCUUCUCGGGAAUUAACUGAUGAAGAAACUGCAGCUCGGGUUGUAAUGAAGGAAAUUUUGAAGAGACCCCUUGCUCAUUCUAAGAAUCCAAAAAUUGCCUUUAUGUUUUUGACUCCAGGUUCAUUACCUUUUGAGAAGCUAUGGCAUAAAUUUUUUGAUGGUCACGAUGAUAGAUUUUCUGUAUAUGUGCAUGCAUCUAGAGAGAAAGUACCACGUGUGAGCCCCCAUUUUGUUGGUCGUGACAUUCGCAGUGAAAAGGUAGCUUGGGGAGAAAUUUCUAUGGUUGAUGCAGAGAAGAGACUUUUGGCAAAUGCACUUCUAGACCCUGAUAAUCAGUACUUUGUUUUAAUAUCUGAAACUUGUGUACCUCUUCAUGACUUUGAGUAUAUUUAUAACUAUUUGAUGUUUACAAACGUCAGCUAUAUUGAUUGUUUUGUAGACCCUGGUCCCCAUGGAAGUGGCAGGUAUUCAGAGCGCAUGUUACCUGAAAUUGAAAAGAAAGAUUUCCGUAAAGGUUCUCAGUGGUUUUCUAUGAAGCGACAACAUGCUAUUAUUGUAAUGGCCGACAGUCUUUACUAUACAAAAUUCAAGCGUUACUGUAAGCGAACUAAUGACGGCCCCAAUUGCUAUGCUGACGAGCACUAUUUUCCAACCCUUUUCCAUAUGAUCGACCCUGGUGGAAUUGCAAAUUGGUCAGUAACACAUGUUGAUUGGUCUGAGGGAAAGUGGCAUCCAAAAUCAUAUAGGAACCAAGAUGUCACCUAUGAGCUUCUAAGGAACAUUACCUCGUUAGAUGAGAGCGUUCACAUUACAUCUACGGCUCCGGGUGUGACAAUGGUGAAAAACCUACAAAGAAGGAAAGAAAUGAGAUUUUCCCCCCCUCAAGAAAAUAAAUAACUGUCACAUUUUUAACAAUGAGGGUGAUGAUAUUGAGGCCCUGCUUGUGGAACGGAGUGAAAAGACCAUGCCAUCUGUUUGCGAGGAAAUUUUAUCCAGAAACUCUGGGGAGAUUAUUGCACCUUUUCUCUAACUACACAGCUGUUUAGGCCAUUCUUGUCGCCCCCGGAUCGAGAGAUCAUUCGAGAGGUUAGAACAAUGUGGUUGAUAAUUUUAUACAGUUAUAACAUAUGAUAUAGAAAUUAGAAGUUGUCUUUUCACUAUUCAUCCAGUGGUUAAAGCUUCUGCCAAGAGCUUUAGCUGAUUCAUUUUUGUGUAGAGUUGAAGACAAUGAGCUGGGGCUGCCACGGUUUGCAGCUUUUCAUUGGUUUUUGGCUUGUCUUCUCAGCGAUAUUUGAACUUUAAUAUAUAUUCUUUUUUCUCAGAAAAGAUAAGUAAUCGAGUCUAUAUAUUCUUGAGAUAGAAGAAGAAUAGAAUAUUUACGAUUAUUGUCAAGUUACAUGUUUAUAAGAUCCGAAUUUAGCUCAAGUCAGAUAAAGUUUGUAAUAUCGACUUCCAUGUCAUAAAUGUGGAUGUUCCAUAUUUACGGUUAAAGUUAAUUUACAUGAA